ACAGAGCUUGUGUUGGGCACAGGGAGUGAGUGCGCUGACAGUAGCUGAGGGGGAGAGUGCUGUGUGUGAUGCUGGUGGACUGGGUGAGAAUGUUCCAGACUUAACUGAGUUUCUUAUCUUCCCCUCCAGGUACGACCUCGACUCAAAGAGCGAAAACCUGUCCAAACAUGACUUCUUGGGCCAGAUGUACUGUACUCUGGGAGAGGUGGUUGGUUCUCCAGGUAGUCGUAUGGAGAGACCCCUCAUGGGCAUUCCUGGUAAAAACUGUGGAACCAUCAUCGUAAAAGCAGAAGAACUUGGAAAUUGCAGAGAGUCAGUAUUGCUGCAGUUUUGUGGAAACAAACUGGACAAGAAGGAUUUCUUUGGCAAGUCCGACCCUUUCCUCAUCUUUUAUCGCAGCAAUGAAGAUGGAACAUACACCAUUUGCCAUAAGACUGAAGUGGUAAAGAACACUCUGGACCCUGUGUGGCAGGCCUUCAAAAUCCCAGUCAGAGCCCUGUGCAACGGAGACUAUGACAGAGCAAUAAAGAUUGAAGUGUAUGACUGGGACAGGGAUGGAGGGCAUGACUACAUUGGAGAGUUCAAGACUAGCUAUAGGGAGCUGUCUAAAGGCCAAUCUCAGUUCAAUGUGUGGGAGGUACUAAACAUGAAGAAAAAGAAGAAGAAGAAGAAAUACCUCAAUUCAGGAACUGUGACACUGCUGUCGUGCCUCAUAGACGUUGAAGUCACCUUUUUGGACUAUAUCAAAGGAGGUACUCAGAUUAAUUUCACGGUGGCAAUCGAUUUCACAGCAUCAAAUGGCAACCCUUCACAGCCUACCUCGCUCCACUACAUGAACCCGUACCAGCUCAAUGCCUAUGCCAUGGCACUGAGAGCGGUCGGGGAGAUCAUUCAGGACUACGACAGUGAUAAGAUGUUUCCUGCGUUGGGAUUUGGAGCAAAGCUGCCUCCCGAUGGCAGGGUAUCACAUGAAUUUGCCUUGAAUGGGAAUCCAGAGAACCCAUACUGCAGCGGCAUUGAAGGAGUGUUGGAGGCAUAUUACCGGAGUCUGAAAAGCGUUCGACUCUACGGUCCGACAUUUUUCUCACCUGUUAUUAAUCAUGUAGCGAGGUAUGCAUCACUGGUGAAGGAUGGCUCAGAGUACUUCAUCCUCCUCAUCAUUUCAGAUGGAGUCAUCUCUGAUAUGGCUCAAACCAAGGAGUCCAUCGUAAAUGCAUCCUGUCUUCCAAUGUCCAUAAUAAUAGUAGGAGUUGGCUCAGCUGAAUUUGAUGAAAUGAUCGAACUGGAUGGGGAUGAAGUCAGGAUCUCAUCCAGAGGAAGGUUUGCGGAGAGAGAUAUUGUACAGUUUGUUCCUUUCCGAGACUACAUUGACCCCAGGGGGAACCACAUCCUCAGCAUGGCCCGUCUGGCCAAGGACGUCUUGGCUGAAAUCCCGGACCAGUUUCUGCACUACAUGAGAACCAGAGGCAUCAAACCCAACCUUUCUCCUCCUUUUUACUCCUCCAAACCCCUAUCAGCACUGGCACUCCCAGCACACCCACUACAGACUCAAAUCUAAGUAGGACGUUGUCCUUCUGGUGGUUUACUCUCUUUCUCAGGAUCAUUUCAGUGGUCCAGUGGGGUCAAACGUUGGACUUUCUACACUCUGCGUCAUAUAGUAGCUGGGUUUUAGGGAGCUGACUUCUGCUUGAAGUCUGGAGCAGGCAGCUCUCUCCAUUGAACUCACAGGUGUUUUGCUGAUGAUGUUUGAUUAUGAUGAGGUUUUAGGAAUCUCCCCGAAUGAUUAGGGAGUUUCUGACAUGCUUGGACCAUUGAGUCUGAUCCAUCUGCAUAUGUCUCAUACCACUCUUUCACUCUUUUCUUUCAGACUACAGGCUGAGCAAUGAACAAAAUGUUUACAGUUUUCUUGAUUUAUACAAGCAGAUAAUUUAUACCUCAUGCAUACUCAAGUUAUUAAAGCUGUAUGCCGUUUCACACAAAUGGGUUGUGGUGGCUUUCUGCAGUGAAGGCACAGUGAGCAUGUCUCCGAGAAGCUGUUGAGUAGUUUGUCCUUUUAGUGCAUCUUACUGAAUAUUCUGGACUCUUCCACUCUACUGCCUCAAUGCAUUUCUGCUGGAGUCUUACAGGGGCUGGAGAGACAAGCCUUAUUCUUGGUUACACACAAAUCUGUAGCUGCUUUCAGUUCUUUGUGUCAUUAGAAACACUGCAGUCUCCAUGUGUGCCAUACCUGCAUCUGCUUUGACACAAUAACACCACCUUGAAUAUUCUUGAAAUUCUACUGUAGCUAUGGUGGCAUUUCAUUGCAUGCACUUUUAAAGUGAGCUGUGUGUAACACUGAAACGGCAAUGAGAUUUAUGUGUUAGUCUUAUGAAAUUGAGAGGUUCUUUAGAACAAGAACUUUUGAUGGCAUGGGCAUUGCAGUUUUUGACAAGAUCAGAAAGGACUGAUGUAGAAAUGGAACACUUUAGCUUUCCCCUUUGUAUGUUUUCCUUUUUCCCAUGAGCACCAUACACUUCAAACAAAGCCAUUUUUAGCCUUGACACAGAUACCAUCAGUGGUCCUUAAAUACGACAAAAAUGUCAAUAAUUUGCUUUUUUAGAUCAGUUGGAUGUUUAGUAGAUUGACAUUAAAAGAAUUAUAAUUACAGUCUGAGAUCAGAACUGAGUUAUAAUAAACUGUACUCUCCUCAAUGAUAAAACACUUCUGAAGAAUGCUGGAAGCUGCCCCAGCAACCCAGCUCAGAAAAAAAGCCCACACAAAGCCAUAAAACUCAGGACUUCAUUUAUUCAACAUGACAGGAUGUCAGCUUAAAACUUACGCCCACUCAUGCUGGCUCACAUACUGUAUUAUCCUUAUAAAACAUGCA